AUGGUCGGUUUCAAUCUAAACCAAGUGGGUACGUUUUGGAAGAAAGAUCAUGAACAGAAAGAGAGUCCACGUGAAGAGGAGCAAGACGAAUUAGAUGCCUCCGAAUUUGAGGAUGAGGAGGAGCAGCCAAAACAUAUCAAGACCAGGAGGCCUAAGGACACAAAUUUCACACAGCAGAGGAUUGCAGCAUGGAAUCCCAUAUUGACUCCUAAAUCUGUUGUACCGCUUUAUUUAAUCGUGGCGGUUGUCUGCGUUAUUGUUGGUGGGUGCCUGCUAUCCAUCUCAUCAAAGGUUAGUGAAAUAACGAUAUACUAUCAAAACUGCACUCAGGAAGCACCAACUGGGAAUACAUGGUCGGAUAUGCCAUCCGAUCGCUAUACCUUGAUUUUUACAGGUAACACGACGUCUCAUGUUGCUCCUCAAUGGAGGUAUGUAUCGGAUCCCACGGACACGUCCGAGGAAAGUGGCACUUGUCAAAUACGAUUCACAACACCCCAAGAAAUAACCAGCGAUUUUUAUGUCAAUUAUAUGCUUGAAAACUUCGCAGCAAAUCACAGACGUUAUGUUCUUUCAUUUAGUGAAGAUCAGAUAAGAGGUAGAAGAGCUUCUUAUGCCGACAUACAUGAAAAUGCCGGUAUCAACUGUAAAGUUUUAGGUCGUGACAGUGACGAUAAUAUGAUUUAUCCUUGCGGCUUGAUUGCCAAUUCAAUGUUCAACGAUUCGUUCCCGUUUCAAUUGACAAAUGUUCAAGAUCCAAGUAAUAAUUACUCUUUGACAAACAAGGGAAUCAAUUGGCAUACAGAUAGAGAAAGGUUCGGUAGAACACACUAUAACCAUACGGAAGUGGUGCCUCCGCCAUACUGGCGAAGCGUAUAUCCCAACGGAUAUAACGAAACCAACAUGCCGGAUGUUAACAAUUGGGAAGAAUUCCAAAACUGGAUGAGACCAGCAGCCUUUGAUAAAUUUGCGAAACUUAUCAGGCGAAACGAAAAUGACAGCUUGCCAGCAGGUCAAUAUCAGCUGGAUAUCGGAUUACAUUGGCCUGUAGCUCACUUCGAUGGUAAGAAAGCUGUGUACAUGACCCACGGUUCAAGCAUUGGAAGCAGAAACUACUCAUUAGGUGUGGUUUAUCUGAUAGGUGGUUGCAUUUGCGCUGCAUUUGCAAUAGUGCUUCUUGGGUUUUGGCUACUCUCAGGAAGAAAGAUAGCAGACCCAAAGUAUCUUUCAUGGAACCAAUGA